GGGGCGGAUGCGAGUAUCGGCAGCAACGAUGGGUGGACGUCAAUAGACUCGGCGUUAGAGAAUGGCCAUAUCGACGUGGUCAAGCUGCUUCUCGACAAGGGAGCUGAUGUUAUGGCAGAGAACUAUUACAGCAUAUUACCUCUUUCAGCGGUCUCUAGAAAAGGCCAUACAAGCAUUGUCAAGUUGUUGUUGUCGAGAGAAUCAAUCAAGACUGAUAGUCAGGACUCUUUCGGCAAGAGAUCGCUCUGGUGGGCUGGACAACGUGGCCACUCCGAAAUUGUCAAGCUUUUA